GGUCCUUCCGUUUGGUAUUGAACACUGCUUCGGCCAACGAAAUUCGCUGGCAUGUUGAGCACUACAAGGGCCGUGGUGUCAUGAAGGACUUCGACAGUGCUUACGAUCUCGCUAAGGAGAUGGGCAUUCCGGCUUCUACCUUGGAGCAGACCUUCAAGGAUUACAAGGAGGUUGCCAGUAAACAGGAGGCCAACCCCGAUGGUGGUGAGUAUGAUGCCUAUCCGACCGGUAAGACCUUCGAUAAGUUCGGCAAGAAGUUCUUCACGAACUACGACUUCAAGAUGGACGAUCACUAUAGCGUCGCCAUUGUCACUCCUCUUGUUCACUACUGCAUGGGUGGUCUCAAGAUCGACACGGCCGGUCGCGUCAUUAGCAAGGAGACGAAGAAGCCAAUUCGUGGUCUCUAUGCUGCCGGUGAAGUUAUGGGAGGUGUCCAUGGCAACAACCGUUUGGGCGGUAACUCGCUUCUCGAUUGUGUUGUCUUCGGUCGCUUGACUGCUGACGAUGCUUGUGAGGGUCUCCUUGGUCUCAAGAAGAGCGUCUCUCUGCCUGCUCUUGCUAAGGCACCUGCUAGCGUACCCAAGAAGGUUGCUCAAGCUAAGGUUGCUGCGGCUCCUGCUGCUCCUGUUGUACACGGUUACACUAAGGAGGAAGUCGCUAAGCACACCACUGAGAGUGAUUGCUGGGUUAUCAUCAAUGGCCAGGUCUUGAACGUAACGAACUUCCUUCCAGAACAUCCUGGUGGAAAACUUGCCAUCAUGACCUUUGCAGGCAAAGAUGCUAGUAAGGAGUUCAACAUGAUCCAUCCAUCUGAUGUCAUUGAGAAGUAUGCCCCCGAUUGUGUCCUCGGUCCUGUUGUUGACAAGGCUACUGCUGCUGCUGCUCCUGU